UGUUCAUGUCAGCAAAGUGUCCUGUCCCUAACAAUUAAUCAUUACGGUUUCUAACCCCUUGGACAUUUCAUCUCGUCCUAAAUUUUUCGAUCUCGUAUCAUCAAUCCCGUCCCCCCCGUAUCUUUUUUUUUCCUUGAUUUCAAUUUCUUACAAUCGCCCCCCUUCCCCCAUACAACCUUAUUGACUCUCUUUUGCGGUCUGUCGCCGUUCAACUUUAUCGACACCUCCAAUGAGGUCGUUUUUAAUCAAUCGACACGAUUGAUAACGACUUUACAGUUGGACUCGUCAAACCGUUGAGCGACGCCAAAAGAUAGCGUGUCCAACGCGUAUGCGUAUUGACCGUCUAUUCAUUUCGCCAUUCACUCUGUUUACGCUGGUAUCCCUUCUAAUCUGUGCGCUGUCUCUUUCCCUUCGAGAGACACCCUCAACCAAAUAGCAAAUAAUUUCCCCCGCCCCGUCAAUUACCUCAACAGGGUCGCCAUCCCUCGCGUCGCUCGCUACUCUACGUAAUUUUCACCAAACCGAAUAUACGGACGGACAGCUGCUGGACCGCCGGGAUCUGGGUUUAAUGAUUUAAAUAGAGUAUUCGGGACAAAUCACGACAUAAACAUACCUAUCCGACCAUCACAACAACCAUAUAAUUCAACGCUGCUGUUUUAGCUGCCUGGUACUACUACGCUCUAGCCGUUCUACGGUAGAGCGCUGCUAAGCUGCCAUCAUGGAUCUGCUUCGGCGCGCUUACAGGCGUGUGCCUGUGACCAUGGGCACGCCACAGCUUCCCACGGCCACCGAAAAGAGACCUCAACUUAACCGACUAACUUCGCGCUUCGCUUUCUUCAGAAGGCCCCUCCGAUUAAAAGGCAAUUCUAGCAUAUCUGUCCCGCUAGGUGUUGUCGUUCUGUUUCCAUGCAUUGUCGUCGUCCUUAUCCUAGUCUUGUUUGUUAGGCACCCAAGCUCUCCUGGUAGGAUAUUAAUGCCUGCUGGUGCACCUCCAGCCAUUCGUAAAAUUAGCGAAGAGCAUGACAAGGUAUUUGUCACUGGCUGUUUAGAACCCGACACAUCCAAAGAGCGUGCCAAUGGUGCAUUCGUCGUCCUCGCCCGGAAUAAGGAGCUCGAUGGUGUUAUCCAAUCCGUCAAAUCCAUUGAGCGACAUUUCAAUCGAUGGUAUCACUACCCCUACGUCUUUUUGAACGACGGGGACUUCAACCAGACCUUCAAGGACAUUAUUCGUAACUACACCUCUGCCCCUGUCGAAUUUGGCAAGGUUGGCGCCGAGAUGUGGGGCUAUCCUGAUUGGAUCGACCCGAAGGUCGCAAAGGAGGGCAUCGCUAAGCAGGGAGAUGCUGCCGUCAUGUAUGGUGGUCUUGAGAGUUACCAUGCCAUGUGCCGAUUUUACUCUGGAUUCUUCUAUGACCACCCUCUUCUUGCCAAAUACGAGUGGUACUGGCGCUUGGAGCCCGAGAUCAAGUACUUCUGCGAUAUUACAUACGACCCAUUCCUUGCCAUGAUCGAGAACAAUAAGACCUAUGGCUUCACCAUUGCCGUCAAGGAGCUCCGAGAGACUGUUCCUAACAUCUUCCGUUAUGCUUCCGCCUACAAGCGUCUCAAUAAUAUCACCUCUCAGGGACUAUGGGAGAUGUUUACUGAACCCAGGCCAGAGAAGCAAGCUCCUGAGGAUGAUCCUAACUACAAACCUCCAUUGCCUGAGGAAAUAUUGCGUACUGAUCCCGGCCGAAUGAACUUGCCCGAGAUUGACUCGGAAGCCAUGGAAGGCGAGAGCUAUAAUAUGUGCCAUUUCUGGUCCAAUUUUGAAAUCGCCAGGCUCAGUUGGUUCCGUAGUAAAGAGUACAAGGCCUUCUUCGAAAUGAUGGACCGUAGUGGUGGAUUCUGGAUGGAAAGAUGGGGUGAUGCUCCUAUCCAUUCACUUGCCGCUGGUAUUCUUCUCGCACCUCGUGAUAUCCACUACUUCCGAGAUUUCGGUUAUCGACAUACCACCAUUCAACAUUGUCCCGCCAAUGCUCCUGCUCGCCAGCUACCGCGUGAGCCAUAUCUCGAAAAGACGACCCAAGAGGAGAGAAAACGGAUCGAGGAAGAUGAAUACUGGGACCAAUGGGACCCCGAGAAAGAAAACGGUGUCGGUUGCCGUUGCCGUUGCGAUACAGAUAUCGUUGAUGUCGAAGGCAAGGAAGGCUCAUGUCUUGCAGAAUGGGUAGAUGUUGCUGGUGGAUGGGCCAGCCCGUAAUGACUGGACGGCAUCGGAGUCGAAUGUUUUCGACAACUCCCAUGCAGCCAUAAUCUUGGUUGGAUACAUCAGAUCUUUGAACGACCUCACCCGACAAUGCUACUCGAUACCAUAGCAAACUUACGAUGAAACGACACUUGGAUUUGGUCUUAAUUCCCACCGCUUUGUGUCCAACCAAAGGGCUAUCACAGAUGACGUAUAAGUUGGGUUUCAAAGAUACUUAUGUACGCGGCUGGCUAAGGCUUAGGAGGGGUGUAAGAAGGUUUAUGUAACGAGGGAGGGUACAUGACCCCAAACAUUAUAAGGCUUGGUAUUUUGCUAUUAAGGUAGGGCGUCGUGAGCCUAGAGAUAUGGCUUGAUGAGGGAUCGCUCGUUUAUUGCUGCUUAAGUUGCGGUAAUAAGUAUUAGAAUAUAACAUGUAAAAAGCUG